GUCAUGUUUGUUCGCCCAGUCAGACUCGGGCUGGUUCUGGCGGAGUGGACGCAGUGGAGGUGACGGUGGAGUGUAAACAUCUGAACCAGCCCGCAGGACAUGACAGAGUGUGUGUCAGGAUCCUCUCAGGUCAGAUCAUCUCUCCUGGAGACCUCUGAAUGAAACGACAGUAAAAUGUGUGUGUGAGCUGCAUAGAAAAUGGCGUUGUCAUUGUCGUCAAUACUGUUGGCCCUCAUGUUCCUCUCAGCGGAAGUGACCCUCUCAGGAAGCCAGAAAUGUGUCGGCAGAAACUUUGGCCACGGCUCGGUGGUGUGUGAGUGUAACUCAACCUACUGUGACAGCGUGGGCUCCGUCACCUUGCCUCCUCUGGGCCAGUACUCCUCCUACCUGACCAGCAUGGCUGGCAGCAGACUGGAGGCAGCUCAGGGUCAGGUCCAGGCGAACAGCACCGGAGCAGGCCUCAAGCUGACUCUUGCUCGCUACCAGAAGUACCAGAAGAUCAGGGGCUUCGGCGGAGCCAUGACGGACGCGGCAGCCAUCAACAUCCUGUCUCUCUCUGCUGGUGCUCAGGACCAGCUGCUCCGACAGUACUUCUCCCCUGAAGGUAUCGGCUACAGCGUGGUGCGUGUGCCCAUGGCCAGCUGUGACUUCUCCACCCGUCUGUACACCUACGCCGACAUGCCUGGAGACUACAACCUGGACAACUUCACUCUGGCCCCCGAGGACAUGAACAUGAAGAUUCCUCUCCUGCAGCGUGCUCAGGCCCUCUCUCCUCACCCGCUGUCUCUGCUGGCCAGUGCUUGGAGUGCCCCCGCCUGGAUGAAAACAAACGGUGCACUCACAGGAAAGGGCUCCCUGAAGGGCCAGCCGGGGGGAAAGGAACAUAAAACAUGGGCUCAGUAUUAUAUCAGGUUUCUUGAGGAAUACGCCAAAUAUAACUUGACCUUCUGGGCACUGACCACAGGGAAUGAGCCCUCUGCAGGACAGAUUACAAACUACAGUUUCCAGGCUCUGGGCUUCACCCCUGAGGAGCAGAGGGACUGGGUGGCUCUGGACCUGGGCCCUGCCCUGCACGCCUCGUCGCACCCACACACACACGUCCUCAUACUGGAUGACAACCGCCUGCUGCUGCCUCACUGGGCCAAAGUGGUCCUGAGUGAUAUUCAGGCAGGAAAGUACAUUCAUGGUGUGGCAGUUCACUGGUAUCUGGACGGCCUCGUCCCAGCUGAGCUGAGCCUGGGAGUCACCCAUCAUCUCUACCCAGAGUAUUACCUGUUUGGCACUGAGGCCUGCUCUGGCUUUACCCCACAGGACAGAGGGGUGAAGCUGGGAAGCUGGCACAGGGCUGAACAGUACACACACGACAUUAUCCAGGACUUAAAUCAUUACGUGGUCGGUUGGACGGACUGGAACCUGGCGUUGGACCAGACCGGAGGACCGAACUGGGUUAAAAACUUUGUAGACAGCCCUGUUAUAGUGGACGCAAAGCGCGACGUCUUCUACAAGCAGCCGACCUUCUACAGCAUGGCCCACUUCAGUAAGUUCCUGUGGGAGGGGUCUCAGAGAGUGGGUGUGUCCUCCAGUCAGAAAACAGAGCUUGAAUACUCUGCCUUCAUCAGGCCAGAUGGCUCAGUCGUGCUCAUCAUACUCAACAGGUCGUCAUCGGUGAUCCAGUUUGAAGUGUGGGAUCCCGCUGUGGGCUACAUCCCCUGCACCGCUCCGGCUCAUUCGUUCCUCACACUUGCUUGGAACACACACUGAUUAAUGUAACUGUUAAUGCAGGUUUACAUAGGCCGAAUCCAAAUGUCCGGACUUCACUCCCCUUGCAGACUCAAAGGCUUCACAGGUGCAUCUCCACACAUUUUUUAAUGUUGCUGCAUUCAAAUGCUCCUUAGUCGUUCUUUACGACUCCAGUGUGUUCAUUUGAACACAAAGGAAACGAUACAUGACUUUACAAUCCAUGAAUUUGGUGAAAGUGUAAAACUGAAUGUUUACUUCUGUCUGCCAUGUUUCAGUGUCAUAAGGUGACAACUAAGCGACAGGUGUACCAAAAUUGACUUUCCAACUUAUUUAAAACUUGAGAGGACAUUCGCUUGAAUUUUCAGGUUGUAUUGUACUUGUACCUUUCUAAUUGCCGACUGAAAAGCAAAAAAACUGAAUGUUUGUCAAUUUAUGGAAAUAUUACUUAAAUCGUGUCGGUCAGAAAUUAUAGUCAACCAAAUCUUCUUAUAGAUAAUCAAAAUGCAUUUCACGAUUGCACUCCUAUGGCCAGUCAGUGGCUUAUAUACCCUCGCAGUCUGUGCCUUCGCCGGCUCUACCCGAUGACAGUGAACACAUCACAGUAGGUACGACGGAAGUGGACAUUUGGAUUAAGCCUCAUAUUUAUUUCACCAAAAUCACUUCACAGAUAUUUUGUCAUCGCCUUAAAGCUUAAAGUCACAGCAAAAUGUUUCAUGUUGGAACGUUUUUUUUUUGUUUUUUUUUUAUCGGCUGAGCUUCAAUGAUUUCAUUGGUCACUUAAAUUAACCUCAGAUCCUUUGAUUUUCUUCCAAAAAUCCUGAAAAGUAAUGAUACUUGAAAGAAAUCGAUGUAUUAAUUCACCAGAAUGAUCUGUGCUCAAGUGUAACUGGUGCCUUGAUUUCCAGCUAACAGUAAGUUUUAAGUGUCCUCACAUCUCACAUAACACAUCUGAUGAAAAUAAUAUAAUGUACAGAGUUUGUAAAUCUCUUCUGCUGUGCUGCUAUUCAAUUUUAAAUAAAGCGUAUAUUGUUUUGAAAAAACUCA